AUGGUACAUGUUCAGUUCAACCCUGAGCUCCUCAGCACUCUCCAAGAUAAAGUUGUUGUGCUGACCGGAGGUGCCACAGGCAUUGGCCGAUCUGCUGUUGAGCAAUUUGCCGACGCGGGUUGUAAAGUUGUCUUUGGUGACAUUGAUGAGGCACCUGCCCGAAAGUCAGAGUCUCUCCUAGGCUCUAGUGUUCAUUUCCUCCACUGUGACACAUCAUCAUACUCAGACCAACUUGCCCUGUUCGCAGCCGCAGAGUCGAAGUAUGGUGGAGUUGACAUUGUCGUUGCAAAUGCAGGAAUGGCAGUGCACAAAGACAUAUUCGCCCCCUCGUCCGAUAUAGGGGCAGAGCCAAGCAUGAAAGAGAUCGACGUAAACCUAUGCGGCGCCAUCUUCACCGCACGAAUUGGAAUGCACUAUCUGAGAAAGAGAAAAGAGGGGGGCGAUUUGGUGCUUGUGAGCUCAAUUGCAGGUUUCAAAGAGUGCGGAGGUAUAGCUACGUAUACUGCGAGCAAACAUGGAGUUUUGGGGUUGAUGAGGGGUCUGCACAUUACUGCAAUCGAGGAGAGGAUUAGGAUCAAUGUAAUUUGCCCUUGGAUGACAAAAACUCGACUUGUAAAGGGAAUCGAAGAUGGUUGGCGCGCUCUUGGAUUACCAGAGAAUGAGGCAGAGGAUGUUGCCAGGAGUAUAGUUCUCUGCGGAACAGCGAAUAGAUCGAACGAGGGUAAAAUCCAUGGCGGGGCAAGAAUGCCUUUUGCUGGCAAGAUAUUGUGGAUAGCUGGUGGCCAGGCUUACGAGAUUGAAGAUGCAAUACAGGCGUUGGAGCCUCAGUGGCUAGGUGAAGAGAACAGUAAGAUUUUGUCAAGGGGACAGGAAUAUUUAGCAAGUAAAGGCACAAGCUGGGAUGCUGACGAAUUGAAAACACAUAAAAUGGUUUAG